CGAAGACGUGAUUAAUCAAAUAAAAGAUUUUGAUCGGUAUCAAUUAACCGCAGAACAAAAUUCAUUGAUUAAUAAAUUAAUACCUGAUGAAAAGUUGAGAGAACGAUACAUGUAUUAUGGAUUAUGUGAAAUAUGCGGUCAACCUUACACUAAUGGUGGUUUUAUGAUUGUAUCUUGGUGUCAUACUUGCCCUAGUUUUGAUAAUUGGAACGUCAAGAACAUCGAUGUCAAAGUGGAUGUCGUCUUAAAACAUUUAAAUAAUUCCCAAAAUAUCAGCGAGGAAUUUUUACAAGAG